AUGCAAACCAUUGAUUUCAAUUUACAUUCGAGUGAGGGCUUCGGCAUCGCGGAGAAGAUCGUGCUGCUCUCCUUCAUCUCCGCCGUCAUCCUCAUGGCCAUCCUGGGCAACCUGCUGGUCAUGGUGGCCGUGUGCCGGGACAGGCAGCUCAGGAAAAUCAAGACCAACUAUUUCAUCGUUUCCCUGGCCUUUGCUGACCUGCUGGUGUCGGUGCUGGUGAUGCCCUUUGGAGCCAUGGAGCUGGUUCAGGACAACUGGAUCUACGGAGAGAUGUUCUGCCUGGUGCGCACCUCCCUGGACGUGCUGCUGACCACAGCGUCCAUCCUGCACCUCUGCUGCAUCUCCCUGGACAGGUACUAUGCCAUCUGCUGCCAGCCCCUGGUGUACAGGAACAAGAUGACCCCGCUGCGAAUCACGCUGAUGCUGGGAGGCUGCUGGGUGAUCCCGACCUUCAUUUCCUUCCUCCCCAUCAUGCAGGGCUGGAACAGCAUUGGCAUCAUUGAUCUGAUCCAGCAAAGACAAUUCAACAAGGCCUCCAACUCCACCUACUGCAUCUUCAUGGUGAACAAGCCCUACGCCAUCACCUGCUCCGUGGUGGCCUUCUACAUCCCCUUCCUGCUGAUGGUGCUGGCCUACCACCGCAUCUACGUGACGGCGCGGGCGCACGCGCGGCAGAUCCGCCUGCUGCAGCGCGCGGGGAACCCGGCCGAGCCCCGGCACCACCCCGACCAGCACAGCAGCCACCGCAUGAAAACCGAGACCAAAGCUGCCAAGACCCUGUGCAUCAUCAUGGGCUGCUUCUGCCUCUGCUGGGCCCCCUUCUUUGUCACCAACAUCGUGGAUCCCUUCAUUAACUACACCGUGCCCGGCAAGCUGUGGACGGCCUUCCUGUGGCUGGGCUACAUCAACUCGGGCUUGAACCCUUUCCUCUACGCCUUCCUCAACAAGGCUUUCAGACGUGCCUUCCUCAUCAUCCUCUGCUGUGGCGACGAGCGCUACCGAAGGCCUUCCAUCCUGGGCCAGACCGUGCCCUGCUCCACCACCACCAUCAACGGCUCCACGCACGUGCUGAGGUACACGGUUUUACACAACGGGCACCACCAGGAACAAGAGAAGCUUCCCAUCCACACUGACCCUGAAUCCCAAGAGUCCUGUUUCUAG